AUGUACUGCGGCGAUACAGAGACCAUCGAAAAACGCGUAAUUCCUCCAACUGAUCCAGCCUGUAUACCAGAAUUGGUUUAUAGUGCUAACGAUGGUUUGCCAACUGGUUUGUCCAUGGCUGGAUUUCAUAGUUCAAAGUACACACCACACGAAUCAGAUAAAAUAACAAGGCGGCGUUAUGAACAAACAGAUACAGAUGUGAAUAUUUCAGAACGGACGCGAAAUGAUAAUCAAGAUUUAAUAAAGCAGACUGAAGCAGUAGCUACACGAAGCCUUGAAGCUACAACAAAACUUUUGAAAGAACGACUAGCUGACACUAACUUUUGGAAAACUGAAUUAGAACGAGAGAUAAAGGAUAUUAUAAAAGCUACCGACAAACUUGUAAGGAUGAAAAAUGACCUAGAAAGAAGUUUAAUAGCUACUGAUGAUGCCAUGCAUAUUUGUACAGAUAAUAUAAAUGCUAGGCGCAGACGGUACGGUGAAGAUUUACAACAAGACCAAGUUGAAUUACAGCUUAUCAAGGAAUUGGACAUUUUAAACAAAAGUGUUGAGCUGUACAAGAAGGCAAUACAACAAUGUGAAAACCAGAUCAAGCGAAAUCGUGACACUAAACAAGACUUAGAAAUGAUAUGGAGUGAUAAAUUGGAGGCCAGUGAACUAUUGAGCAAAGCAGGUCAUCUAGGAUUAUAUGAUACGAACAAACAGUUCUAUGCCGGCGAAGCGAGACGUCAUCCCUUAGCUGCUCAGUCAACAGUCGAUUCUUGGGCUCAGCAUACGCAUGAUGCUAUACUCAGGUCAGAGCAUGAAAGAAUGGCAACCGAAGAAUUAUGGACCGUACUUUCUAAUCUUAUCACCGAUGUCACCACAGAUAUCACGCAGCAGAAAGAUAUAGUUAAUUCAGCUUUCCAAAACAAUUUAAGUUAUCUUGAAUCACAGCUGGCUGAUUACAAGAAAAGGCUGAAAGAAAACUUAAACGAGAUUGUACAAAUGGAAAACAGCAUUAAGGAUUUACGACGAGCUAUAGCUGAAAAAGACAACAACAUAAAAUUAGUUCAGACACGUCUACAUCUGCACAACCAACGACCAGGAGUAGAAAAUGCACGUGACCCACCACAACAAUCAAUGCUUGAUGAAUUGGCUACAAUACAAAAAACUGUGGAUGAUUUACGUGAUCAGUUAGUGGUAUCGGAGAAUAGACUGAAAAAUCUACAAGAUGAUCAGAUGAUUUUAGAAAAGCAAAUCCAAAUGAAACAGAAUUCAGUUCAGAUUGAUCAUGAUCACUGUGUUAAUCACAGAAUGGUCUAUCCGAAUGUUCUUCGUUUGCGAGGCAAAUGA